AAUCUAAUCAUAUAAAGUUGUAUUAUAAUAGUUAAAAAUUAUUGUUUAUAUUAAAUUGUUAUGUAGAACAUAAUUUGUCAUAUAGUAUGGCCCUUGUAAUGUUUUUUGUUAAAGUUCUGUAUGGAGUUUACUUUUCCCUUGGGACAUAACCUUCCUGUUGCCAAAAUGCAUGAGUUUGUCCUGGUUCAUCAGUAGAGGUUGAGCUUGAAUGGAAGCGUGGUUGUCAGUUGCACUUUGUGAAGAACUUUGUGCUAGCUUUUCAGUUUACAAACUUAUUCUUACUCAUUAACAAUACACUUUGCUACUUUUAGGACACUGAGGCCAGUCCAUGCAGUGACAACUCUGAGGGAGAUUCUGUGCAUGAGGAUAACUUUGAGGCCUUGUCAAAAUUAAUGGUUAAGGACUUGGUAUUUCCUGUUAACGUGCAUCUUGGACAGCACUUUACUAAGCCACCAUCACGUUAUUCUGAGGGUGCAUUGAUUAAAAAGCUAGAAGAACUUGGAAUUGGAAGGCCAUCUACUUAUGCAUCUAUAAUGGAAGUGUUGCAGGAUCGGAAGUACGUGACAGCAAAAAGUCGAGUUCUACACCCUGAGUUCCGUGGUCGAAUGGUCUCGGCAUUCCUUUUGCACCAUUUCUCUGAAGUUGCUGAUUACAGCUUUACAGCUAACAUGGAGACAGAGCUAGAUAAUGUCUCUGCUGGGUCAACUGAAUGGAAGGGUCUUCUGAAAGACUACUGGGAACGGUUCAGCAAAUAUUGUGCAGAUGCAAGUAAACUGGAUGGCAGAAAGGUAGAGAGAAUGCUUGAAGAAAAAUUUGGUCCUAUCCUCUUUCCUGAUGUUGACAAGGAUAGUAGAAUUUGCCCUAGUUGUUCUGAAGGAACCUUGAGAUUCAAUGUUAGUAGGUAUGGUGAAGGCUAUUUUAUAGGCUGUGAUCGACAUCCAAAAUGCAAGUACAUUGCUCGCUCAUUUUCACAGCAAGAAGAUGAAACUGAACCCACCGAAGAAAGUCCAAAAUCUUUUACACCCAGGUUACUUGGCGUCAUGCCUGAUUCUGAUCAAAAGGUGUUUUUGAAACAAGGCCCAUAUGGCUACUAUGUUCAGAAUGGAGAGGACAAAAAGGGACUGUUUCCGAAAAGGGCUUCCCUUUCCGAGGGAAUCAAUACAACUAUUAUUGAACUCUUGUUUCAGGUCAAAGAUAGACUCUAUUACUCUAGAAGAUGCAAUUGAGCUUUUGCAAUAUCCCAAAAUUCUGGGAAAACAUCCUGAAGAUGAUCAUCCUGUACUUAUAACACAUUCUAAAGUUGGAUACAACAUCAAGCAUAGGAGAUCUCUUGCUCAAGUGCCAAAGAAUAUGGACCCAAAGAAGAUGACACUUGAGCCUGCGCUCAAGCUUCUGAGUGGUAAAAGUGUCAGACGGAUUGGUCGACCAAAGGGGAAGGUUGAAAAGAAGGAACCCGUUGAAUGGCAUUAGCUGAGCCUGCACUCGUUACAAAAUCCUAAACGUCUGUGCUUGAUAGUCAGUCAGAGCCUUUUAUCCAUGCAAAAAAUUCAGAGUGAAGUCAAUAUUCAUAAUAUUCAUAGCCUGCAGAGGUUCAGCCUUUGGUGUGCUUAACUGCUUAUGAUGAGAGCGGAGAAGGGCUCCAAAAUAAUCUUGUCAACAAGAACAAGAACUGUCUCUCGGAAGCUGAUAACUUAUACUCCCUCCAUCACAAAUUGUAAGUCAUUCCAAAAAUCUUGAAGAGUCAAAGCAUUUUCACGUUUGACCAA